ACAAAUGAAUUGAAUAUUCAAGAAUUACUAAUCAUGGCUCAAGACUUAAAUGAUGAAAACACAGAUAUAUUAAUUAAUGAUGCUGAUAUAUCCAAAAGCACAAUUACAGAUGAAGAAUUGAAAAACACACUUACUAGAGAAUUGUCAAUUGAAUCAGAAGAA